GUGCGUGCGGGCGGCCCGGCUCCCCUCCUCCCUCGCCCGCUGCCGCCGUGAUUGGGUGGAAGAUGGCGCUGGGCGGAUGGAAAUCCUAAUGACAGUCUCCAAAUUCGCCUCCAUCUGUACCAAGGGCGCCAAUGACUCGGCAUUAGAGAAAGAGAUUGAUCCAGAACAGUUUCCAGUCAAGAGCACUAUUUUGGAUUUUCUUCAAGCACUUUAUCUUUGUUGUCCGUUUCGGGAAAAAGAAGCAUACAAGAGUCAGCCUAGGAAGAAGGAGAACCUCCUUAAGUGCUUAGCUGAUCUCUUCCACAGUAUAGCCACCCAGAAGAAGAAGGUUGGAGUGAUACCCCCUAAGAAGCUCAUCGAGAGACUGCGGAAAGAAAAUGAGCUUUUUGACACGUACAUGCAACAAGAUGCUCAUGAAUUCUUAAAUUACCUAUUAAAUACAAUUGCUGAUACUUUACAAGAAGAGAGAAAGCAAGAAAAACAAAAUGGUCGCUUACCUAAUGGUAAUGUUGAUAGUGAAAAUAACAACAGCACACCAGACCCAACGUGGGUUCAUGAGAUUUUUCAGGGAACAUUAACAAAUGAAACCAGAUGUCUUACUUGUGAAACCAUAAGCAGCAAAGAUGAAGAUUUUUUAGAUCUUUCUGUUGAUGUGGAACAAAACACAUCAAUUACUCACUGCUUAAGGGGUUUUAGCAACACAGAAACUCUAUGCAGUGAAUAUAAAUAUUACUGUGAAAAGUGUCACAGCAAGCAGGAAGCACACAAACGGAUGAAAGUUAAGAAACUGCCCAUAAUUCUAGCUCUACACUUGAAGAGAUUUAAAUACAUGGAUCAACUUCAUCGAUGUACAAGACUUUCUUAUUGGGUAGUUUUUCCUUUAGAACUCGGUCUCUUUAACACUUCAGGAGAUGCAACCAAUUCUGACAGAAUGUAUGAUCUUGUUGCUGUUGUGGUUCACUGUGGAAGUGGUCCCAAUCGAGGCCAUUAUAUUGCAAUAGUUAAGAGUCAUGAUUUUUGGUUGCUGUUUGAUGAUGACAUCGUAGAAAAAAUAGAUGCACAAGCUAUUGAAGAAUUCUUCCUGUUGACAUCAGGUAUCUCAAAGAACUCUGAGUCUGGUUACAUCCUUUUCUAUCAGUCUCGGGACUGA